AUGAAAUACUUUAAUCAGGUGUGCGACACUUCAUCAUUUGUGACUCAUGCACCAGUAAUGAUAGGCAAGAAGUUCCAAGUUAGCAUGCCUUCAACAACACAAUUAGAUGUUUCAACACAAAUUCAUAUGAAGGAGAAAGUACUGAGUGAUUUAAAUGUUUCAUAUGGUAAAAGUAGUAUAGGCGACAAAAUGAUCGACGAAGAAUCCAGCUUUAUCUUAACUGACUUCACGAUUCAGAAUAUCUGCUCUGAGUUAUUGUCUCAUCUAACCAAAGCAACUGACUGUGAUGAUUUGGUACUUUCAAGUGAAACCAGUACACAAAUUGGCCUAAUCAAGCCAACAGCAAUAGUAUCCAGGGUUGACUAUAAUCAAAAGGACAGUUCAACACAAACUGAUUUGCCGUAUAUUUACAUAACUGAAACAAAAAAUACGUCUAGUUGGAAAACAGACCUAAACAAAAAUAAUGAAAAAUAUACGAAAGGAAUUUACAAGCAACCUAAUGAUUAUAUGGUUGACGAAAGAAUUCCUAAAUCUGGAACUGCAGAUAUUUCAACUACAAGAAAGGAUUCACUGAAAUUUGUUGCCAAUUCUGAACCAAUAGUUGAUAGUUCAUCUCGCUUACUACUAAACACAUCAAGUCAUAACGAAAUACUAAAUCACUAUAUUUCAACAACAGACAUGCAUCAAACUGAUUUAAUUCCCAACACUCAAAUUAAGCGAACGUUUGCAUCUACACAGUAUGGAGAGGUGGAAUUUCACAGUUGGACAAACGAAAGUUUGCCUCCACAGCAAAUUAAAGGGAUAGUGAACAAACAGAAAAAAGUUAGAAGAAACCUGACAGAAAUCCCUGUAAACCGUAAACUCACCAACAGAAGAGCUGUCUCAACAUAUGGAGAUGUGAUCAUGAAUAUAGAAUUACACGGGACAAGGUGUAAACGUUCUAUACGCGAAUGUGAUUAUCUCUAUACCAUAGAGAAAAUGCAUGAUCAUAAAUGUUUAAUCCCAACCUCAUCAUCAUCGUCUUGUGAGGGAAUUGAUGACUUGUGUGACAGUUGCCGUUUAAAGUACUACAAACCAGUUCAAAUGAAUAUUGAAAUGAAAGCUUUUCAUCGAUGUCAUAGAAAAUUGAAAAGAUUAGGGAGUCAUUACAAAUCUCGCUAUCCUGAUAAUCGGGAUAUUCAUCUGCGCACGUUUACGAGAUGCUUAUCAGCCGACAAUUUAGAUAUGAGUAAGCAAAAGGGUGACAUUAUCAAGCCGGUUACUGCAAAACGUUCUUAA